ACUUUGUGUUGCUUUGCAGAUAAUACUAGUAAUUUUUUACCGUUAAAGUAGUAAUCAAGUUAGUGCUCCAUUCAGAGCAUAACCUCUAUCUAUGGAGGGUGAGCCAAGGGAAGUGAAACCGGGUUACUACACAGUCGAACUGAAUCGCACAGUCUGGGCAGUACCGGUGUACUACCAAAACCUGACUCCUAUUGGAACAGGAGCUUAUGGAACAGUUUGUGCGGCAGAAUGUCUGCGAACGAAUACUCGAGUGGCGAUCAAGAAAUUCAGUCGCCCUUUCCAGUCAGUUAUUCACGCGAGAAGAACUUACAGGGAACUGCGGCUACUCCGAAGUAUGGAACAUGAGAAUGUCAUUGAUAUGUUGGACGUAUUUACCCCCGAUGCAUCUUGUGAGCAGUUAACUGAUGUAUAUUUUGUUUCCAUGCUGAUGGGAGCAGACCUUUCUAACAUCCUCAAAAUUCAGCGUUUGAAUGACGAACACAUACAGUUUCUGGUGUAUCAGAUACUACGUGGGUUGAAGUAUAUUCAUUCUGCUGGCAUAAUUCACCGUGAUCUUAAGCCAUCGAAUAUUGCUGUCAAUGAGGAUUGUGAGUUGAAGAUACUUGACUUUGGCCUCGCCCGACAAACGGACAACGAAAUGACGGGUUAUGUGGCGACACGAUGGUAUAGAGCACCAGAAAUUAUGUUGAACUGGAUGCAUUACACACAGACAGUUGAUAUCUGGUCUGUUGGUUGCAUCCUGGCUGAAUUGAUCACCGGUAGAACGCUUUUCCCCGGCUCCGAUCACAUUGAUCAACUUACGCGAAUAAUGAAUGUGGUGGGAACGCCAGACGAGGAGUUUUUGGCAAAAAUCCAGUCUGAGGAAGCUAGAAACUACAUUAGGAAUUUGCCAAGGAUGCCUCGCAAAGACUUCAGAAGGUUAUUCUCGACGGCUAGUCCGGCCGCAGUUGACUUGCUAGAGAAAAUGCUUCAGCUUGAUCCCGAUUACAGGCCGACAGCUGCAGAAGCUAUGGAGCAUGAGUACCUUGCUGCAUAUCACGAUGAAACGGAUGAACCCGUUGCUGAAGAACUAGAUCUUGACGAAGGAGUGGAAACAACCAACAUAGAUGAAUGGCGGCGGCUGAUUUGGGAUGAGAUUGAGGACUUUGCCGCGCACCAAUCGGUGGUUUCCGACGAAUCUUCGAGUAUGGAUGAGUGAGGCUGAUGUGCAAAAGAUAGGCAUUGAUCCAUCGAGCUCUUUUUCAUUGUAUGAUCACUUGCGAAGUUUUUUACUGAAACUAAUGAUAGUCACAUAUACUAAUCAUUUGGUCGUUGUAAAUCUCAUUGAAAUACUUAAAUUGUGUAAAUACGUGAUUUGAAUAUUUUUUCUACCCACCGAUGCUAAUUUUUGACCUUAACAGACUUUCACUCAUGCGUUGUGCUUCGAAGCGAUACUAUAACAUCAGCUAGAUUCCAUUACCGACGGCGUAGCAUAGUUUCUCAGAUUUUCAAAAGUAAGAGUAUAGAUUUGGCACUUUAACUAUGUAAUUGUUCAUUUUGCUUCAUUGUGCUGUUCACCGCUCAUGCAUGUAAACCAUCACUCACCAAAGUAAUCUGUUUUCUCUUCAUUUUUUUGUGGAAUUAUAGGUCAACAUUUUAAAACACUUAAUCUCGCAGUGCU